GUGAUUGUGGCCUAAAACGUUAAACAUCUUUACAAUGGAGGAAGUAAAGGGCAAAACAGUAAAUGACAAAAGGGACGAGGGGGGAGGGGAAAGAUGUGCAGCGUUUGUCUUCUCCUGUUGUAAUUAUAGCGAAGUUCAAAAACCGUAUUUUCUCUCUUAUUAUAUUUCCAGACAGAAAUCAAUCCCCCCUUUGUGUAAUAAUUUAGGAUCUUCUACGGGUAUGUGGCAGAUUUUGAAGGAGUUUUCUGCCUACCCGUUUUUUUUUUUUAAUACUAAUGUUUGUAUAGAGAGGAGCCUUCUUUCAACUUCAGUUAGUUGAAUCUUUGGAAAUUAACUGGAGAGAGAGAGAGAGAGAGAUCACAGAAUCUGUAAGAGGUUGAAACGAAUUGCCCAUGAAUCCAGGAAGCCCUGGGUUGAUUUGGAUCGUUUACCUUUUUAAACCUCAUUCUGGGUCGUAAUUUUCCCUGGAAAAUUCCUCUGUUUCUGUUUCUGGUCCUCUUUCAUUCACGAGUUUCUUGCAUCCAUCUCCUCUGAUAAAGCCUCUCUCUUGACUUCCUGUAGAAAUUUUUCGACUUUUCGUUUUUCUUCCACUCUCCGUGCGUGUCUGUUUUUUUUUAGGUCAUCACCUCUCGCCCCUAACUUCUACGAAAUAGAAGAAGAAAAAGCUCAAUCCCUGCAGAUUCUUGGCGCCCAUUUCGUGAAUCAGAGUUCAUCAAUGGAUGAAGUUUCUCCGGCGGUCGCCGUGCCAUUCAGGCCGCCGCUCCCUGAGCCUCAGCUGGAAUUCACCGGACUCAGGCUAAGUAAAGGGCACUGUAACGGCCAGUACCCAAUCGACGAUGGCAAUUCCAUGGGCGCUAGUGCAGAACACACGAAUCUGGAACAUGGGUUCUCGUUUCAUGGCGGUCCGUGUUCUGGGUCUCUUGUCUCCGGUGAUGAAUCUAAGAAAGAUUUGCCCUUUCGGCUCAAUUCGUCAUCAGACGUCGCCGGUGAGGAAAUCAACGGCUCGGAGGAGUUUGACCGGAGAUCAACGGCUCAGAGCGAGAAGAAGGUAAUCAGCAGAACAGAGAGCAGAAGUCUCUUCGAGUUCAAGAGUGUGCCUUUGUACGGAGUAACUUCGAUUUGUGGAAGACGACCGGAAAUGGAAGACGCUGUUUCGACGAUUCCCAGGUUUCUUCAGGUUUCAUUACAUACUUUGUCUGAAGGUCGUGUCUCCAACGGAUUCAAUCCUCAUACGAGUGCUCAUUUCUUCGGUGUCUUCGACGGCCAUGGCGGCUCUCAGGUGGCGAACUAUUGCCGCGAGAGGGUACACAAGGCGUUGGCAGAGGAGAUAGCUAAAGAGAAGAAACUGGGGCUCUGCGAUGGAGACACGUGGCAGGAAAAAUGGAAGAGAGCUCUGUUCAAUUCGUUCCUGAAAGUGGACUCGGAGCUCGGACCAGUGGCUCCGGAGACGGUGGGCUCGACGGCGGUGGCGGCCGUCGUCUUCCCAACUCAUAUAUUCGUCGCCAACUGCGGCGAUUCCCGAGCUGUUCUCUGCCGUGGCAAAGCCCCCUUACCUUUAUCAGUAGAUCACAAACCGGAUAGAGAGGACGAGGCGGCGAGGAUAGAAGCCGCCGGAGGGAAAGUGAUCAGAUGGAACGGUGCUCGAGUUUUCGGUGUUCUCGCCAUGUCAAGAUCCAUCGGCGAUAGAUACCUGAAACCGUCGAUCAUUCCCGACCCGGAAGUUAUGGUUAUCCGGCGAGUAAGAGAAGAUGACUGUCUGAUCUUGGCGAGCGAUGGCUUAUGGGACGUGAUGACGAACGAGGAAGCAUGCGACAUGGCCCGUAAACGAAUUCUGGUGUGGCACAAGAAGAAUGCCAUGGCUGGAGAUGCACUUUUGCCGAUGGAGAGGAGAGGGGAAGGGAUCGAUCCGGCGGCUCAGACAGCGGCCGAGUACCUGUCGAAGUUGGCAUUGAAGAAGGGAAGCAAAGACAACAUAAGUGUCGUGGUCGUGGACUUGAAGGCUCAGAGGAAGUUCAAGAGCAAAGCAGUGAACUGAAACACGGAAAAGGGUUUGGGCCAAAAUCAAAAUGGGUAGUGAAAAAUUUUGAUGAUGGGUACGGCCAACGGUAAUUUUAUAUAAUUAACUGUUGUAAAUUGGAAUGUCACUCCUCCCUUUUUCACUAUUUGUUUUUUUUAACUAACCCAUUAUAAGAAAUUUCACCAUCAAAAGCUUUUGCAUUAUUACAA